AUUGUCAUCCUGUCUUGGCUGGUAAUAUUUACUCAGUCGAUCCAUGCAGGGCAUUAGUGGCACGAUAGCAUCCAUCAUAGUGAAUUUGAUGAAGAUAAAGGUUAUUCGGCAGAGAGUCAAACAGAGCUUCCAGUGAUUUUUCAGUUCACAUUGAUUGAAAGUAAACACUGUUGACAAACGAGCUAUGAUACAUUCAUACAAUUGUCACAGCUACGUUUCCAAUAGACCUAACGAUAGUUUGUUCCUGACGACUGUCCAGAUUGGGCAUUCUUUUGCGCUUACGUUCUACAUGUCCUCAGAAGCAAUAUGUGAUCAGUCUGUUGGUUGACACUGUUGUGUCUACGGCGCCAAAAUGGAAAACGUAUUGCUGUGGUUACUAAUGUUUCCUACAGUUAUGUGCAAUGUUACCUUUCUUUCUCCAAGAGAUCUAGUGUCAGAAUAUUUAUCUCAACAUAAUCCCUUGGAUUAUCCGGUGCCUAUUUCCAAGUCCAUUCUGGAAGUUUCUGUCAACUUUAAUCUGCUACAUAUCGAAGGUCUGGAUGAGUCAAAUCAAUUGUUGACCACCACUGGAUGGUUCGUUUUGACGUGGACUCUUGAAGGAUUGUCAUGGGAUGAAACUAAAUAUCAGAAUAUCUCAAAGGUUCCGGUCAUGCCAAAAGACAUGUGGUUGCCAGAUUUAGUGAUGUUCAAUGCGAAUGACAACUAUGGCCGUCUUGGAGGCGAACAUCUCCCAACCUCUAUCGGCAACGAUGGAACUGUGGUGUGGUACGCCGUAAAUCGCCGCUCAACUUCCUGUACUGUGGAUGUCACAAGCUUCCCGUUCGACAAACAACGCUGUUCGUUUCAGUUGGUACAGUGGAUUACUGACACUUCAGAGGUUAACUACACGUUUCAUAAUGUACCCAUAUCCUUUAUCUCACAUAAAGAAAAUGGUGAGUGGGAGGUCUUGGGCUCGUUUGUAGAGAAAUAUUACUUGAAUGAGGGUAUGUAUCAGACGCUGGUGUUGGGACUUAUCCUUGGUCGACGUCGAACUUACUACAUACUUACUGCCGUUUUGCCUGUUUGCAUCCUAUCCUGUCUCAAUCUAAUGGUGUUUCAUGUGCCCCCGGAGUCAGGAGAGAAGAUGAGCCUGUGUGUGUCUGUGUUGUUGGCCUAUGCAGUGUACCUGACAUCCAUCAACUCAGUCUUACCCUCUGUGUCCGACCACGUGGCUCUUUUCAGCGUUUACCUCCACUGCAUGUUUGUCUUCAAGGCUCUGACUGUUGUGGCGUCAGUCUUUGUCUUACACCUUCAUUCAGCACUGCCCAAGUCGACAGUAAGAGAGUUGUUGACAAAAUAUUUCUCCGGCAGGCUAAAGAAGGUCACAUCUGAAACCAGUUUGUCUGAUGAUCCUCAUGAAGAUACAAGAGAAAACGACGUGAAACCUCGAAACAAUGUCCGUCACAUCAAACACCUCCUGCAUGAGGAACACUGGGCUGAAAUUGUGAAGAAAGUGGACUUUAUAUUCUUUUGUGUUUUCUUACUGUUGUUCGUUUUGUCGACAAGUGGAUUUUUCUGCGCGAUUGUGUUCAGGCAUCAGUAAAUUAGAAUAUGUUGUUACUUCAAUCAUAGUGUUAUAAUACGUGUUUUCUGCUUUUUAACGGAAGUUCAUGAUGUGUUUUCUGAAUUGCAUUUUCAAAGACCAACUACCCAAAUAUAGUGUUCUGUACUUACAGUACUUUAGAAUAGAUUCAAACAUACUGUUCAGCCUCUGUACUGAUCUUAAUAUGUGAUCACUGAACUUUAUAUUCUUUUGUAUUUUCUUACUGUUGUUCGUUUUGUCGACAAGUGGAUUUUUCUGCGCGAUUGUGUUCAGGCAUCAGUAAUUUAGAAUAGAUUCAAACAUAUUGUUCAGCCUCUGUACUAAUCAUGAUAUCUGAAAAGUUGCAUCACAAAUAACACUAAUAAUCGAUAUAGGUGUAGGCUAUUUUAGUCAGUUUUGGGGCGCUUGCUUCAUGUUUCUGUUUUGUGCUUUCUUUGAUUUUAUUAAAGGUUUUGAUACUGUUUGGAGAAGCGGCCUUUGGUAUAAAUUAUUUCAGAGUAAUAUGGAUGGAAAAUGUUUCUGUAUCAUAAAGAAUUAUAUAAUAUAAUAUGUAUGAGC